ACUGGCGAUUCCCAUGAUGCGAUUCUUUCCAUUUAAAGAGCAGUUUCACUUGCCUAACCAUCCCACAAACACAGCACUGCUGAUUAUCAACUCUCUCUCUCUCUCUCGCUCUCUCUCUAUCUCUCUCUCUCUCAUGGAAGGAGAAACAAGUAAUGUUGUGAUCAAAGUGGAGGCUGAAUCAGAUGUUGAGCCCAUUUCAGUCCAAAGAUGCUGCAGUCUUGUUUCAGACCAGAGUAAUGAAAGAAUCUGCAGGUACAAAGAAUGCAGGCGCAACCAUGCCGCUUCAAUUGGCCGCUACGCUAUUGACGGUUGUGGGGGGUUCAUUUGUUGCAAAGACGACCUAUUCAUAUGUGCUGCAUGCGGCUGUCAUCGCAGCUUCCACCGCAAAGAUUAUUUGCCUCCUCCACCUCAACCAAAAUUAAUGCCAUCAUGCCUGGCACCCUGGCCUUUAGCAUCCCACAAUGGACUCACUGGCGAGACUUCCUUGUUCGUUAAAGACCGGAAUAACACUGUUGCAGGUCCCGGCGCAGAGGAACAAAACACGAACAAGGAAGCAAAAAGAACAAGGCUAACAGUGGAGCAGAAGAACAAAAUGAUGAGGUUCGCUGAUAAGUUAGGGUGGAGGUCCCAGAAGCACGACGACGCUGAGAUCCGACAGUUCUGCGAGCAAGUCGGAAUUACGAAGCGCAUGUUCGUCGUUUGGUUGAACAACAACAGGCGUCGGAGCCGGAAGGGUUCUAAGUGAUUAGUCCCCGCAUAUGCUUGUGGCUGAAUGAAUGAAAUAAAUAACAAUAAUUAUAUGAGACCUCGCCUCCUUUUUUCAAAUUAGGGUUUCUGUUUUCACUGUCUUGUCUGUUUAUUUCCAGGGUCGUCCUUCGUUGUUUUCUCUUUAUGUUAUUGUAACUGAAUCUCUGUCAUGUUGUCUUUGCUUUUGCUUGUUUCUAGGCUUCUUUGAGCGUUUAUGUUUCAACUUAAAAUAUUGUAUUUGAA